UGGGACGCCCCGGCCGACCAGCAGCCGCAGCAGCAGCAGCAGCCUGCGCCUGCGCCGGCAGAUGGCGGCGCCGCCUCGCGGCAGCCCGCCAGCAGGUGGCACGGCGGGGCGGCGGCGCCUGCUCCCGCCCAAGACUCUGACAGCGACGAUGACCUGGCAGCCACCGUGGCGGCCGCCAAGCGCAACGCGGUCGCAGCAGCCGCCGCCGCCGCGGCGGCCGCCGCCGCAGCGCCGCCCCCAGCGUCGGCGUCGGCCGCCCCGCCGGCGGCCGACCUGGCAACAGCUGGCGGGGACGCAGCGCUGGAUGAGGAGCGGCGGCAGCGCCUGCGGCAGGUGGAGGGCGUGCUGGUGCAGUUCCGGGAUCGGCUGGAGGACAAAGGGCUGGCGCGGCGGGAGGUGGAGGCAAAGGUGGCGGAGCAGCGUGCGCGGCUGGUGGCGGACGCAGAGGCGGCGCUGGCGGCCAAGGCGGCGGCCGCGGGCGGCGCCAGGGGCGGCAGCGCGGGGUCCCGGGAGCGGGAGCGGGAGGCGCCGCCGUCGUCCCAGCGGGAGCGGCGGCGCAGCCGGCCUCGUGAGCGGGAGCGCAGGGGGGAGCGCAGCAGGGAUCGGCGGCGCAGCCGCACCCGCAGCCGGUCAAGGGAGCGCGACAGGCGGCGGCGCAGCCGCAGCAGGAGCCGCAGCCCGCGGCGGGCGGCGCGGCGCAGCCGGUCGCGCAGCCGGGAUCGCCGGCGCUGA